AUGGAAUUAUGCGAUUGGUUAACCGAGCCGUUCAUGCAGCAAGAGUUUGACGAGGAUAUAUCACAGAGCUGCUUCGAAUUCGUGACCACCGAUUACAAUGAAUUGUCUCCGGAGAGCAUGGAACAUCGUCAAAAGAAGCAACUGAAAAUUACCACGCUCGUCUGCGAGGGAUGCGGAAAAAAUUUCUCGAGGCUCGAUAGCCUUAGAAGACACGAAAAGUUGUAUUACGAUGACGUUCAGUGCGGUGCGGAGAAGAGCAACGAUGAGGAACCGGAAGUUUGCGAAGUGCCCUUCCAUGGUCAAUUGAACUACCUGCUUUGCGACUCGCCAAUUCUUAACAGCGUGGAAGCUAAUGUGGUCCAGAAAAACAUCAAAUCGGGCCAGCAGUUCCGCUGCGACGGCUGCGGUAGAGCGUACACAAGGGUCGACAGUCUGAAGCGUCAUCAGCAAAAGUGCGACGAGUUUCUAGCGUCGUUUCGAGAUCGACAGGAAACACUAGAGAGACUUCAACAGCAGGAAUAUUAUUGUAAUCAAUGCGGCAAAACGUACAGAAGGCUGGAUACCUUGCGCCGGCAUCAGCGAUUAGUGUGUGGUGACAAAGAGAGUAAUCAUUCUUUGAAAGUGGACAAGACGAGCUUAUAA